AUGAAUCCCAACUCGCAGACAAACACUCCUUACAGAACCCAGCUCUCCCAAAUCUUCCUCGACUCUUCUUCCCAGAUCGCCCACCAGCAACAACAACAACAACAGCAGCAGCGGUUCCACCACUCGCCGGUGGCUAGUUACUUCGGGAAGAGAACCCUGUCCGAUUACCAGACUUCUUCUCAGCACCAUCUUUACCAACAGCAGCAGCAGCAAAACCAGAUUAACGCCCUCCUGGCGCGCUCCGUCAAGCCGAGGAUUUACCAGAACAGUAAUACCACCACCACAACUACUUCUCCGAUUUCGACUCUUUCCCCCAUAGAAUUCUCCGCCAACAACUUCUCGCCUGACUUGCCGGCGGUCUCUCAACAUCAGCAACGCUAUGGGUUCCCGCUGCUUCAGCAAUUGAGGCCUCAGCCUAUAAAUACAGGGAACAACAGCAAUAAUCCCCAAUUUCAAACUCUGCAGGGAGUUCCGUUUGCGAACUCGGUCCAGUCGACUCAGCCUGUUCAGAUGAGUCAGAAUAACAGGGGAAUUGGUGCUACAUAUGCUGCUGCUCCUCCGCCGGCGGAGGAGUCGGAGAAGAAGAUGAUGAAUCGGCUUCAGGAGUUGGAGAAGCAGCUUCUGGACGACGACGACGACGAAGACGAGGAAGGAUCCGGCGGGGACGCUGUUUCCGUCAUCACCAACACCAACAGCGAGUGGUCGGAGACGAUUCAGAAUCUCAUCUCUCCUUCCUCUUCCUCCAGCCCCACAAGCCCGUCCUCGUCGUCUUCCACUACUUCCUCCACGACGACCUCCGCCGCGAUUUGCACGAGGCCGGUUUUAAUGGAGGCCGCGGCGGCGAUUUACGAAGGGAAGACCGACUCCGCGGCGGAGAUCCUGUCUCGUGUGGUUUCUAGCGGAGGAAAGGGGAAUUCGGAGCAGAGGCUGAUGGAUUAUUUAUACUCGGCGCUCAAAUCGAGAGUGAAUCCGGCGGAGAAUCCGCCGCCUGUGGCGGAGCUGUACGGCAAAGAGCACGCCGCGUCAACCCAGCUGCUGUACGAGCUCUCCCCAUGUUUCAAGCUCGGGUUCAUGGCGGCGAAUCUCGCGAUUCUCGAAUCCACUCUAGAGGAGGAGGUAGAAGAAGAACAGAAGAGCAACGGUUUCCACGUCGUGGAUUUCGACAUCGGGCAGGGCGGGCAGUACAUGAACCUCCUCUACGCGCUGGCCGAGCGUCUCAACGGGAGCCCCGCGGUGGUGAAGAUCACGGCGGUGCCGGACGGCAGCGGAGGAGAGGAAGAAAGGGAGAGGCUGAAUUCAGUCGGGAAAUCCCUCCGCCAGCUGGCGGAGGGGCUCGGGAUCGCGCUCCACUUCAACGUCGCGGCGGCGAGCUGUUGUAAACUCGGCGAUCUGAGCCGGGAGUCGCUGGGCUGCGAGGCGGAGGAGCCCCUGGCGGUGAACUUCGCGUUCAAGCUGUACAGGAUGCCGGACGAGAGCGUGACGACGGAGAACCCGCGGGACGAGCUGCUGCGGCGCGUGAGGGCGAUGGAGCCGCGGGUGGUGACGGUGGUGGAGCAGGAGAUGAGCGGGAACACGGCGCCGUUCCUGGCGCGCGUGAACGAGGCGUGCGGGUACUACGGCGCCGUGCUGGAGUCGAUCGAGGCGACGGUGGCGCAGGGGGAGGCGGAGCGUGGGCGCGUGGAGGAAGGCGUGGGGAGGAAGCUGGGCAACGCGGUGGCCUGCGAGGGAAGGGACCGGGUCGAGCGGUGCGAGGUUUUCGGGAAGUGGCGGGCCCGGAUGGGGAUGGCCGGUUUUCGGGCGAAGCCGCUGAGUCGGGCCGUGACCGAGUCGAUGCGGGCGAGGCUGAACUCGACGAACCGGGCCAACCCGGGGUUCACCGUCAAGGAAGACAACGGCGGGGCUUGUUUCGGUUGGAUGGGGAAAUCUCUCACCGUCGCUUCCGCUUGGCGUUAA